AUGGAUGCUCUUGAAGUCGAACAUUUAUGUGGACAAUUAUACGGUGGUGGAGGAAAUAGUGAACAAUUGCGCACAGUAUCUCAGCGUCUGGAAUCAUUUGUUAGUCAACCGAAUUGUCUUUCUCAAUGUCGAAUAUUACUUGAUCGUGCUUUAACUCCCUACACUCAAUUUUUUGGUGCUACAACAUUAAUUAAAUAUUUCAAUCGUUCGUCCAAUCAACCAAUCGCGACAUUUACUGAACGCUUGGAAUUACGAACAUAUAUUCUAGAAUAUCUCUAUAAACAUAAUCGUUCACUCGCUCCAUUUGUACUUGCUGAAUUAGCAAAACUCUAUGCACGAUUGACGAAAAAUUCUUGGUUCGAUUUAAGUCCGAAUGCAAAUAAUCUGAACAAAGAGACAUACCCAUUUCAAACCUUUACAGAUGAUUUACUUAAAUUUCAAACUGAUCCACCACAUUUUUCGGUUGCGUUACAACUAUUGAUAGCUAUUCUCUCGGAAAUGAGUGUACCGAAUGAUGAAGAAACGUCCGCAAGAGCAUUUAGUAAACAUCGGAAGAUUUGUAUAUCAUUUCGAGACACAAAAUUACUUGACAUUUAUCUCUUCGCUUGUCAAUAUCUACGUGAUGUAAUUGUGAAUCAAAAGAAAGCCUUAGGUUUAUCGACUGAUUUCAAUUCCUAUCCGAAAACGGUUACCAGUGCUCAAUUGCAAGCUGAUUACUAUUUAGUGGUCGAAAAGCUUCUUUCAUUAGCAUUGGCGUGUCUUACAUAUGAUUUUCUCGGAACCGGUUCGAGUGUUCAUGAUGUUGACAUAUCUGAUGAAAAUCAAACAUUGCAAGUUCCACUCGCUUGGCAUGAUCAUGUUGUUGAUGGAAGCUUUUAUCAAUUAUUCUUCUCCUAUUAUUUUCUUUUUUCCAACACAUCACUUGUUCCAUUAGCGAUGUCGUGUUUAGUUCAAUUAGCAAGUGUACGUCGAUCCUUAUUGAAUACCAACGAACGUUUAACAGUUCUGAAUUAUAUGACCUUCGGUAUUCGAUCCAUUCUCGAACAAGCUGCUGGUCUUCUAGCUGAUGAGAAAUCUCUUCAUGAAUUUUGCCGUUUAAUUGCUCGUUUGAAAGCCAAUACCCAACUACAUGAACUGAUUCGUAUCGAUAACUAUCCAUUAUUUAUCGAAACAUUAUUUCGAUUCACAACGGAUCAUCUAUUGAAUGUUCAUCAUCAUCGAUACCAUCUUUCACCGAAUACACUUCAUUACAUCUUGUCGUUCUGGUCAAAAAUCGUCGCAUUUCUUUCCCAUAGUUCCAAACUAUCUGAAUCAUCAGGCGAUUCUUCCACCUCGCAUUUAUUAGAUAUAUACGUUCCACAAAUUGUUUGUUAUUAUAUUCAAUCACGUUUAGACGCAUUGAAUAAUGACGAAACGCUUUAUCUAGAAUUAUUUGAUAAUGAUCAAACGAUUUUACAGCAACAACUAGAAAUGAUAAGCGUUAUGUCACGAUUAGAUUACAAUAAAACAUGUGCUUUACUAUGUUCAUGUUUCGAUGAUCUUGCUCAGCAAUAUCAACAAGCAACAAAUUCUGAAACAACAGAGAGACGUUUCACAUUUUUAAUUUAUAUUCUCGGCUGUGUCAUUGGUGCACGUGGUAUAACAUUAACAUCGUUAUCCAUACCUACAGAUGAUCAAGAUUUAUUCGAUGGAGAAUUAGUGGUACGUGUUCUACAAUUAAUGACUUACAUCCAACAGAAAACGGCUGGUGAAACACAGAAUAAUAACAAUAAAAAUUCGAUUAAUACAGCGAUAACAACAGCGACAGAUAAGAUUGGCUCGACACCAUAUUCCGAACGACUUGAACUUGCUGUGCUCUUCUUUUUCGAGCAAUUCCGUCGACAAUACAUCGGCGAUCAUGGCCGAUCGAAUAAAAUCUAUCAAGUACUUUUCAAACAUCUCGGUAUUGCUGAUGAAGAACAACUUCUGUCGAUCUUCAUCAAAAAGCUAUUUACAAAUUUACAGUAUUCAAUCAUAACUGAUAAACUCAUUGAACGCACAGUCGGAUGUUUCAGCGAUCUUUCCCAAGGUUAUCAAAGUGUUCGGAAACUAGUUAAACUCGAUCCUAUUCAGUAUUUCAUCAACAAUCAUACUCAAGAUUUGUUUCCAUUUCUUCAUUAUUCAUCAGCAGCAAAACGUUCGAAUAAUAGUAAUAUUAGUACAAGUAGUUGGUCACGUCUUCGAACGACAUUCUAUGCGGCUAUCGGACGAAUGCUAAUGCACGAAUUUCGAUAUGAUGAAGAUGAUGACGAUCGUAUUGAUUUAUUUAUGAAACCGUUCACGAACCAAUGCAAUCGAUUGGUGCAAAUAUUCAAAGAAUUUCCGGAUUUUUCAGCAUUAAAUGCAGCACAGUUUGCCACUAUGGGCCAAUUUACGCCGACAUUGGCAUCUUUGGAUGAAAUUCAAUUUCUCGUGGUUGGCAUCGUUCGUGAUCUUCGCGGUUUAUGUAGUGCAUUUGUUUCUAAACAAGCGUAUACAUCACUCUUCGAUUGGCUCUAUCCCGCAUAUCUGUCAUUAUUUCUCAAAGCUCUUUUUGUUUUCUACGAUCGUUCGGAUGUGUAUAAUCCCUUAUUGAAAUUCUUUCAUGAAUUGACAUUGAAUCGCCAAGAACGUCUUGCAUUUGAUUCGACGAAGCCAGGCGCAUAUUUGUUAUUUCGUGAAACAUCGAACCUGCUUUAUAUAUUCCAAACGAAAACGAUUACACAUGUGAAUACAACUAUUCCUGAAACCGAUGGAACACUAUAUUACAAAUCGAAAUUGAAACCAAUUAUCACGUGCUUAAGAAUCAUCCGAGCUUGUUUGAUUGGUAAUUAUAUCAAUUUUGGUGUAUUUCAUCUCUACUCCGAUCCAUGUUUUGAUAAUUGCUUACAAGUUUUCCUCUCGAUUUUGACAUCAGUCAAACAAAAAGAUCUACUCUCAUAUCCGAAAUUAACCAUCGCUUACUUCACACUAAUCGAAACGUUAGCACUUGUACAAAUUGACUUUUUAGCGAAUUUGAAUAUUCCAUUGUUCGGUUAUAUAUUAGAAACAGUUAGCGAAGGAUUUUUAUCAACAGAACAAACAAUCCAGAAUUCAUGCUGCAUUUUUCUCGAUACUUUCCUUUCCUACGUCUUUCGAUCGGUGAAGAAAAGUACGGCACCAGCUAGUCUAAUGGCAAAUGUUAAUGAAUACGGCACUGUAUUUCGACAAAUAUUGGUCAAUUUGCUCAAUGGAAUCAUCUUUGCCGAAUGCAAAAACAUCUAUGCGGUUUCCAAACCACUUUUGGGCUUAAUCCUAUUGAAUGAAAAUCAAUUCUUUACUGAAAUCAAACAGCAAUUAUUGUACGGGCACACUCAAGCAAAACAAGCAGUAUUAUCGACGGCAUUGGAUAAACUAAUGACCGGAAUCGACCGUACAUUAACCCAAGUUAAUAAAGAACACUUUACACAAAAUAUAACCCAAUUUCGAAAUGAUAUUCAAGAUUCUUUACGUGGUAUGAUGUCUAAUAAUCCUGAAAUCUCAUCAUCCGCAUCAUCUAUUCCACUUUCAUCUUCAUUUUUAUCUUCAGCAUCAACAAUUGCUACUAACAUACCAGUGACUAUAGCUAUUUCAACAUUGAUUCCAUCAUCGUCAUCAACGACAGCACCUGUGGAAGAAUUGAUGACCCUGUGA